CUUUCAGGACGGAUUACGAAGGAGCUCAGUAAGUUCGCGAGCACCGAACGCGCGCGAGUCCAUUCUCUCAUGUAUAGAAAAUAACAAAGCAAACAAAAACAUCGCAUUAAUCGGCAAAGUGAUCGACGAACACGUAAAGCAUCGACAGCGCCUGACCAUGAACGACUCCAAGUCCGAAAUACAAUCUUUUUACAAGGACAAAACUAUUUUUAUUACCGGAGCGUCUGGUUUCAUGGGCAAGGUUCUCAUGGAAAAGUUACUCUACCGCUGCUCCGAUCUCGACAAAAUGUACAUACUCAUACGGGGCAAGAAAGGUCGCACUUUCGACUUGCGGCUCGAGGAUAUAUUCAACUUGCCCCUGUUUCAAAGACUAUCGAAAGAGAAGCCUCAUAUGUUUAAGAAGGUGAUACCACUGAACGGCGACAUAUUGUCAGAUAAUUUGGGUCUUACUGAGGAGCAGCGCGAGUGUCUGAUAAACGAGGUGCACGUGACGUUUCAUUGCGCGGCAAGUCUGAGAUUGGAAGCAAAACUCAAGGAUGCGAUCGAGAUGAACACGAUCGGUACGAAAAGGGUAUUGGAUUUGGCAAAGCAGAUGAAGCGUUUGGUUUGUUUCAUGCAUCUUAGCACGGCUUUCUGUCACGUCGAUCAGGAGGAACUUGGCGAAUGUAUUUUCGAUCCUCCUCAUGAUCCUCACGAAAUUAUGAAGCUCGUUCAGUGGAUGGACGAGGAAACUCUCGAUCUUAUCACGCCAAAAUUACUGCAUCCGCAUCCAAAUUGUUACACGUACUCGAAACGUCUUGCUGAAACACUGGUGGCCAAUGAAUAUCCUAAUCUACCUUGUUGUAUCGCUAGACCGGCUAUCGUGUGUCCUUCGUAUGAAGAACCUAUGCCUGGAUGGGUGGACAACCUGAACGGACCUACAGGAUUGCUAGUUGGCGCGGGCAAAGGUGUUAUCCGAUCGAUGUACUGCAAAGCCAAUUACAACGCCGAAGUUAUCCCGGUUGACUUCGCAAUUAAUGCUUUGAUCGUAAAUGCGUGGAAAGUCGCCACGCAAGAAAAAAUGAAAACUAUACCGACGUUCAACCUGACGCAAAACAAUAUAAAACAGAUUACGUGGGGGGAGGUACUGGAGAAAGGCAGGGCAAUUAUUUACGAUUAUCCUUUCGAAGGACAGGUCUGGUAUCCGGAUGGAGAUAUACGUAGCAGCAAAUUGAUACACAAUUUGUUCGUCUUUUUUUUCCACAUUAUCCCCGCAUAUCUAAUCGACUUUCUGAUGUUGAUAUUACGGCAAAAAAGAUUUAUGGUCCGACUUCAGAAGCGAAUUUCAGUCGGUCUCGAGAUGCUGCAAUAUUUCACCACAAGAAACUGGGUGUUUCACAAUCGGAAUCUAUAUGUUACUCAUAACUCAAUGACGCCAACGGAUCAAAAACUGUUUCCUGUCAUAACUUUUGACGUGGAUGUGAAGGAAUACUUCAAGAACGUCAUUCUCGGUACGCGGCAGUAUUGUAUGAAAGAGGAUCUAAGCACUUUGCCGCAAGCACGUCGCCAUCAAAAGAUAAUGUACAUCAUCCACAUCACGUCGAUAUAUCUAUUCUACUUCGGCGUGCUGUACUUUAUCUAUAACAGAAGUGACACUCUGCGAUUCUUCCUGGAUUACAUCACCGAGUUAAUGAAAUCGCUGCCACUUAUAGGCACACUGGUCGAGAAAGUGCAUCUAUGAGGUGCUCAUUCAGCCUCCGUGAUUUAUUGCGCUAUGCAGAUGUAUGUAAUAAUUUGCAGACGAGACGGUAAUGAUUCUUCUUCGUUGUUUGUUGAGAGUGACUUGUUCCAGAUGAAUCCUGUAUAAUUUAUGUUAAUUACGAGGUGGAAGGCAAAUAUUUCCUAAUAUAUUCCCGAUAACUGUCGAUAUUAGUUGUUAUUUUGUCACGUAGAGGUUGUGGGCGUUUUCUCUCUAAAAUCGAGCUUACACACUUUGGUUUUAGAAAUCUUCAAUAACUUUGCUCGAAAAAUAAACAUGUGCGUGACAAUAAAUAUGACUUUAUAUGUUAUGUGAGUCAACAUUUGCUAGAAUAGAUUUAAUACGUGUGUAGGAAGGAACACGUCUCUUUUUUCACACAUCUCUGAGAGAAAGAGGGAGACGUGUGAAAACAUUUAUUGGAUUUUACUAACUUUUUCUCGUAGCGUUAAGAUAUUCCUUCUACUUUAACAUUUACAUUGCCAAUUGAUUUAAUAUACUGUGAAAUGAAUGAAGAUACAUAUAUUUUAUACAAACUAAAAUUGAUGAAUAAAAUU